AUGAACAGCAUGGGAGAGCUAAAGGCAAGGAAAGUAUUCCGUCAGUGGCUAACCUCAAAACCGAUCCCCGCCCUGCGCCACACUGCCACCCACUCCUCACCGUCCCCCAAACCUAUCCCAGGCCGAGGACGGCUCCAGGAAGGGCCUGGCUGCCGAAAAACGGCCUAUUUAACUCAAGAGCACAAGCCGAGACACACCGGACGCGGACCUCUCCAACAGGACCCGAAACAGACGCCGAGGUCAGGGGCCCUGCCCGCCCGCCUCCCAGGCCUGGCGUCGCGGCCCCACCCUGAGGCCCCAGUUCGCCCGGUCCGGCCUACCUGCGCUGCCCGGCUCUGUGCCCCGCCCGCCGGCCCGCUAACCCGCUCGUUCUCCCGGUGGCUCUCGGGCUGCGGCCUCGCCCUCCCUUCGACACUCUCGGCCACUUCCGUCCCGGGAACGUCCCCCACCCGCGGGCGGCGCCCUGGGCCCGCGCUCUAUGGUCGCGGGCACUGCAGGAAGCUGCUCUGGCCCCAGCUCUCGAUGCUCGGGAACCCGCCGACGACCGGCAGCCCCUCCCCAGCAGGAAGCGAGGGUGCGGCGCAGUCCCGAGGGAGCGCCCGAACUGCACCCUAG